UUAUUAGACUCCAGAUGUCAAUCUGGAGUCUAUUGUUUUUGUCAGUAUUCUUAUUAUUUAUUUAUUAUUCUUUAUUAUUCUUUCCCAGUUUUCUCGUUAACUAGAAGAUAUUGAGUCAAGUCUUAUAUAUGGUCCAUUAAGGUCCUAGAUCUAAUUUCUCGGAAAUUGGGUCAAAUUUUUAUCUAGGUCAAAGGUCAAGAACUAGGUCAAAUCUUACAUUUUCAACAUUCUGUCAUUUAUCUUCGUCGUUGUUUAUCGUAACUCCUAAAUCUUUUUUUCAUCAUGUAGCUUAGAAAAAGCCAAAGCAAAGAUAUGACAUUAGAUUUUUGAUUACGCUUACCGAUUUUGAAAUAUGGCGUCCAGAAAGUAGGUCAAAAUAACGAGUUCUCCAAAUUUAACAUCUGAGUUAUGAAUUAAGGGUAUAAUUUACUCAGGAAUCCGAAUCUGCAAACCAAAUUUCGAUCCGACUUCCGGUUCGAAAGUUAUGGCGUUUUGAAAUUUCGAGAAAAAUCGAUCUGAUGAUAUCCUUAUAGAAAGUCAAGAGUAGCGAAGAAAAUAUAGAAAAAAUCAUCCAUCCUUCCUUCCUAUCCUGUCUGAUCAUAUCCUUCCUAUGUAUCCUUCCUUCCUAUCCUUUCCUUCCUAUCCUAUCCUUCCUUCCUAUUCUAUAUCCUAUCCUAUGUCAUAUCCUAUAUCUAUCCUAUAUCCUAUCGUAUAUCCUAUCCAAUCCUAUCCUUCUUUCCUAUCCUUCCUAUCCUACCCUUCCUUCCUAUCCUAUACUAUCCUAUCGUUUCUUCCUAUUCUAUCCUAUCCUUCCUUCCUAUUCUGGAAGGAAGGAUGGGAUAGGAUAGGAAGGAAGGAUAGGAUAAGAAGGAUAGGAAAGAGGGAUAGGACUUGGCUUAUUCUGGACGACUCGGCUAUAUCCCACCUAUCCCACCUAUCCUAUUCAAUCCUAUCCUUCUUUCCUAUCCUUCCUAUCCUAUCCUAUCCUUCCUUCCUUCCUUCCUUCCUAUCCCAUCCUUCCUAUUCUGUCCUAUCUUAUUCUUUCUUCGGAUUCUAUCAUAUCCUAUUCUAUCCUUCCUAUCCUAUCCUAUACUAUCCUAUCCUUUCUUCCUAUUCUGUCCUAUCCUUCCUAUCCUAUGAAUUCAUCCAUUCAUCCAUCAAUUUAUCCAUCCAUCGGCUUAUUCUGGAUGACUCGGCUUAUUCUGGAAGACUCAGCCUAUUCUGGAUGACUUGGCUAUUUUGGAUGACUCGACUAUAAUAUCCAUCCCACCUAUCCUAUCCAAUCCUAUCCUUCUUUCCUAUCCAUCCUAUCCUAUCCUUCCUUCCUAUCCUAUCCUACCCUUCCUAUUCUGUCCUAUCUUAUUCUUUCUUCGGAUUCUAUUGUAUACUAUUCUAUCCUUCCUAUCCUAUCCUACCUUUUCUAUUCUGUCCUAUCUUAUUCUUUCUUCGGAUUCUAUUGUAAACUAUCCUAUCCUUCCUAUCUAUCCUUCUUUCCUAUCUUUUCCUUCCUAUCCUAUCCUAUCAUAUCCUUUCUUCUUAUUCUAUCCUAUCCUUCUCUCUUAUUCUAUCCUAUCGUUCCUUCCUAUUCUAUCCUAUCUUACCUCCCUAUUUUAUUCAUCCAUCUUUUUUUGGAUGACUCAGCUUAUUCUGGAUGACUCGGCUAAAAAAGGUCUUAAUCUGGAGUCUGAAAUUGAACUUCGUUCAAUUUCCAAAGUCUAGUUAU